AACAUGCAGGCUCGCUACUCCGUCUCCAGUCCCAACUCACUGGGCGUCGUGCCCUACAUCAGCAGCGACCCGGGAUACUACCGGGCGGCAGCCGGAGGGGGCUACACGGGGAUGCCAACACCUAUGAACAUGUACUCUCACGCGGCUCAUGACCAGUACCCGGCCAGCAUGGCUCGGGCGUACGGACCCUACACCCCCCAGCCUCAGCCCAAGGACAUGGUGAAACCCCCCUACAGCUACAUUGCGCUCAUCACCAUGGCCAUCCAGAACUCGUCGGACAAGAAGGUGACCCUGAAUGGGAUUUACCAGUUCAUCAUGGAGAGGUUUCCAUUUUACCGAGACAACAAGCAGGGCUGGCAGAACAGCAUCAGGCACAACCUGUCCCUCAAUGAGUGCUUCGUCAAGGUGCCGCGCGACGAUAAAAAGCCCGGCAAAGGCAGCUACUGGACCCUAGACCCGGACUCUUACAACAUGUUCGAGAACGGGAGCUUCCUGAGGAGGCGGCGGAGGUUCAAGAAGAAGGACGCGCUGAAGGAGAAGGAGGAGCGGCUGCAGAAGGAGCUGCCGCCGCGGCAGCAGGGCCGCGGGGAGCCGGAGCAGACCGUGCAGGGCUCCCAGCCCGUCCGGGUCCAGGAUAUUAAAACUGAGAACGGGACCGUCACCCCGCCGCAGGCCGACUCGCCCUCCCUGAGCACCGUGCCCAAAAUCGAGAGCCCGGACAGCAGCAGCAGCAUGUCCAGCGGCAGCCCCCACAGCAUCCCCUCCAGCAGGUCCAUCCCCGGCAUGGACACCUCCGAGCACCACCAGCACCACGGCCAGGUCUCCACGCAGGGCUUUAGCGUGGACAACAUCAUGACCUCCCUCCGGGGGUCCCCGCAGGGGGUCACCGAGCUCACCCCCGGCCUCAGCGCCUCCACCAGGACAGGUAUAACACCAUCUUUGUCCCUAAACUAUUCUCCCAGCCAGACAUCAGCCUACAGCUCACCCUGCAACCAAAACUCCAUCUCUACCUCCAACACCACCUAUCAUUGUAACAUGCAGGCCAUGAGCCUGUACACGGGGGACCGGCCAGGCCACCUGGCACCGAGCACCGUGGACGACACGCUGCCAGAUUACUCCGUCACCACAACCUCGUCCUCGCUGGGCCACAAUCUGAACUCCGGCCAGGAGAGCCACCACAGCCACCAAGGCAGGCUGGCCUCGUGGUACCUGAACCAGGCCGGAGACCUGGGCCAUCUGGGCGCCACCUACCCGGCGCAGCAGCAGAACUUCCACUCAGUCCGAGAGAUGUUUGAAUCCCAAAGGAUUGGCUUGAACAGCUCCCCGGUGAAUGGGAAUAACAGCUGUCAGAUGUCCUUCCCAGCGGGUCAGUCCCUCUAUCGCACAUCUGGAGCUUUCGUGUAUGACUGCAGCAAGUUCUGACCAAAGAGAGAGACACACGAACAAAGACAAAAGAUUUGUAUUUGACCCCGAUGAACUCUGACAUGAAAACUCCUUCUUGACUCAUAUGAACCAAAAGACUUGAUGUUGUUUGUUAAAGAACAGUGUUACUCCAGAUAACACGGAGAUAAGCUGACCUUGGAAGAAACAGAAGAUGGAAGAAAAACGAGACACAGACCAGAAAGAGAGACGUUCAUGCAUUUUCUUAUAUUCAAAGAAUGAUGGAACUCCAAUGAAAAUUGAAACUUGAUUUUAA